AUGCCCCACGACCACACCGAAGCCUACAACUCCCAGUGUGCAUCGGGCUCUGGUCCUCCGUACCUCAUCUUUCUUCCUUCUCUCUCCUCGAAAGGUGUGAGUAGUGCGCCACCUCCAGACCCGCCACUGCCACCACUGUCCCAGACCCCAAAGGACUACGCUUCCUGGCCGCAAGUGCCACCUUUCCUUUUCUUGCUUGCGCAUCGGAUAGCAGCCGCGGAGGUAGCAGCAGCUGCAGCAAAAGCAACAGCAACAGCAACAGCAGAAACAGAACUGCCAACAGGUGGGGAGUUUGCCGAGUUAGCGGCGGGAGGGGAAAUGGGGAGGCUGCCGUGUAGCGGGAGUGGGGCUCUACCUGCCUGCCCGGGUCCCGACCCAAAUCUGGAAGGUCCCUUUGAAGAGAUGACCCUGGUGAAGGCCGGCUGGCUCUGGAGGCAGAAGAUGCAGCUUCCUGAAGGCCACAACCAGGACUGUCUCCUGAUAGUGUACCUGAGGGACGGCCUCCGCCUGACGAUGUGUGCUGAUACCAAGGAUGAGGCUUUAGCAUGGAAGAUUGCCCUUCAGGAAUCACACUCCACCCCGGUGCGUAUCUAUGACCCCUAUGACGACUAUUACCAGAUGGUGCCGCCCAAUGCCCAUGAUGCAACCUACAUCCGCACUGGGACCCCAUAUGGAGCUCCAGGAAUGACCCAUGUCAUCCUCCGUGACUCACCAUACUAUAGAAGAGAUACUGGGGGUGACAUAGCCAUGGGCAUGUUGGCUGGAGCUGCCACUGGUGCAGCAUUGGGUUCCCUCAUGUGGAUGCCCUGCUGGUUCUGAGGCCACAUCCCCAGGAGCACCUUCUCCUUGAUGGUCCUGUCAUGACGUCCCCAGAGUCCUAAGGAUUGGGUUUUAUGGCCCCCUUCCCAUCAUUCCCUCAGCCUUAGCUCUGGCCAGGCUCUGGCUGUUUAUAGUCUGUCUAAUACCCGUGCUCUUCUGUGCCCCCAUCUAGCAGAAUAGACAUAGGAUGCCUUGACCCUCACCUUGUCCCACUGUGACUAGCCUCCUCCCUAGCUUUGACUAGAGGCCUGAGUGGUUCCUUC